AAAAUAGCAGUUAACUCAAAAGUACCGUGAUAACUAACCUUAGUUAUUGUACAAACAUAAUACAAGAUGACCGAUGGAUCAUUUAUUUACGAUGAUGCUGCCUCAAAAAUACAAUAUGCAUUUCCUAUUUUAAAUGGAAAAGUACACUUGGAGUGCUCUGAUGAGGAAUUUCAAUCAAUUUUGGAAGACAUCAAAUAUCAUAAUCUAUCAAAGCCAAUUAAAUCUCUCAUCAUUGAUGAAAUAAAACGUUAUAUUAGGCAAAAAAUUGUUCCCAACUUUUGGAGUAAAUUUAAUAUAUCUCCAGGUGAAGUAUGGAACUUUGAGGUUUUUAAAUUUGCUGUCGAUGAACUGUAUUCAAGUUCAAUCGAGUUUGUGCCUUUACUGAAAAGACUAGAAGAAUUAAAAGAUCCAAAUGAUCCGUAUUAUCUUCUCUACGGUCAGACAAAUCAUCUUGCACAAUUUAAAUUAAUCGUCCGGGCAAGUUUAUUGAGUCAAUUGCCUCUUUCACAUCAAAUGAUAAUCGAGCAAUUUUAUAAAGUUGCUUUCAAUGUAUUUUGUAAUUCUGAUGCUCAAUUUUUGGACAACAGUGAUAGUGAAGUUACAGAAUGUGGAGGCUGCAGCAAAGAAAUAGACAACUGUGAAUGUCAGUCGAUAGUUUUCAUGUUCCAUGAAACGAAUAGAAAAUUGAUAGAGCUUGAAUUAUUAGAAAGAUUGGUUGGAAAUGUUCUUACAUCUUUAAUCCAUAUACGUAUAAAAGAGCAUGUAAACCGGACGUGUGAUAAAUUAUUCCAUGUUACUCAACUUAAACGUCUGGAACAUUGGUUGGAAACUGUUGUACUAAGCUGGUUAACAAGAAUAUAUUCAGGGGGUUCUUCGAAAACCAAUACUUUAACUGACAAUAUUCGUGAUGCCAUAUUAAAAUUCAAAAGAAAACUAUCACAUUACCUGUAUGAAACGUACACGAAAAUUCGAAUCGAUCAAUUAUUUGAUAUUAUAAUAGAGUAUCCUGAGUCACAGCCUGCAAUUGAUGACCUCAACAUUUGCUUAAAGCGGACAGAUCUUCAGAAAACAUUAGUUACAAAUUUACAAGAAGCAUUAAAAUCUCGUUUACUACAUGCUGGUGUCAACACCCCUGACAUUUUAACAGCGUAUAUUGCAGCAAUCAAAGCUUUGCGACAAUUAGAUUCUACCGGAGUGUUGCUAGAAACAGUUUCCGAACCAAUUAAGUCUUAUUUACGUAGCAGAACUGAUACGGUACGAUGUGUAAUAAGUGGAUUGUUAGAUGAUUUUCCCAGUGAUUUAGCCGAUGAAUUAGUCAAAGGUGAAUCACUGCAAUUGGAUGAUGGAUCUGUUGACGAAGAAAAUGAAGACUGGGAGAAAUGGAUGCCUGAUCCUGUAGAUGCAGACCCUGCUAAAUCAAUUCAACGGCGAAUGUCUGACAUUAUUUCAAUGUUAGUUAAUAUCUAUGGUAGUCAAGAUUUAUUCGUUAAUGAGUAUCGAACACAAUUAGCUGACAGACUCUUGUCUCAGUUGAAUUAUCAAACAGAACGCGAGGUGCGUCAUUUAGAAUUAUUGAAACGGAGGUUUGGAGAGAAUCAAUUACACUUCUGUGAAGUGAUGCUUAAGGAUAUUUAUGAUUCUAAACGUAUUGAUGGAUUAAUACAAUCGAACGGUACUUAUAAUGCUGAAGAAGCGCCAUUUGCAACAUCUGCUCUUAUUUUAUCCGCACAAUUUUGGCCACCUUUCAAAGAAGAAUGGAAAUUAGAAUUACCAAAAUUUAUUCAAGAUCAUUUAGACAAAUAUGUUAAAGUGUUCGAAACUCUCAAAGGGAAUAGAACGCUUUGUUGGAAGCCUCAUUUGGGAAAUGUACAUUUAGAAAUUGAACUGAAAGAUAGAAAACUAGAUCUUAAUGUCACUCCUAUUCAUGCAACUAUUAUAAUACAUUUUCAAGAUAAAAAUGAAUGGACGUUAGAAGACCUUGCAGAAACAAUGCACAUUCCCGCGACAGUUCUUCGACGAAAAAUAACAUUCUGGGUGUCUCAAGGAUUAUUAAAAGAAGUAUCCAACGACGUUUUCCAUUUACAAGAAGAGAGCUUCUCCAAAAAUAGGUCAAUGACUGAAAUAAUAGAAGAAGAAGAGAUAGAAAGUGCAAUGGCAUCAGCGAGUGACCAAAGAGAAGAGGAAUUACAAGUAUUCUGGUCUUACAUUGUCGGAAUGUUAACGAAUUUGGAUUCUAUGCCACUAGAAAGAAUACACCAAAUGUUAAAAAUGUUUGCAUCACAAGGUCCUGGUGCUGUUGAGUGUGGAUUACCUGAAUUAAGACAAUUUCUUGAUAAAAAAGUACGUGAACACCAGUUGUUAUACUCUGGUGGUCUUUAUAGAUUGCCAAAAAUUUAGAUCAAUUUUUAUAGUAUUUCAAAAAAAUAUAUAUAUAGAUAAAUUUUUUAUUAUUAACUAUUAUUGAAUAAAAAUAUAAUGAAAAAUUUGUAUUAAAGAUAAUUGUUUUAAUUUUUUUUUUAAUUGAAAAAUGGAACCACAAUUAAAAACAAACAGUUAUAUAUUGAUCAACAAUUGGCAGUUAACUCAGUAGUUUAUGUAAAAAAUAAAGUAUGUCAUACAUUAAAAUGAUAAUAAUUUUGAAUUUCUUACUGUCCAGG